CUCCACUGUCCAUAAUCCCCGGAUUCUGCCGUCAACCCUCCCGUCUAACUGUCAGUUUCAAUGUGGGGGAUGCCUUUUCCGUCAAGUGAAUUUGGUCUUGUUGACGGUAUUUCGUAUCCUAGACCUCCAGACAUUCGCCCGUACUUCCCCGGCACCAUCGACCUUUGAUACUCCCCUCCGCGACCACCGUCCCCUAUAGCUAGCUAGCUUCCAAUCUUCUGGUGAUUGGUAUCACUGGAGCUCUCUGAAACCAUAUUGUCAUCGCAUUCUUGAAAGGGUUUAUUCUCUUUCCCUGCAUCCGCUUUGCCGGUCAAGGCAUGUUGGCACUGUCUUUCGGCGCCGCUCUCAUUCAAGACUAGCACAUGCUAGUCGAGUUUCUUUGCGAUAUCACAUACUUGCCUUCUCUCGCCCCCCUCCACCAUCAUCGCCAUGGAUCCAAACAGGUCGGGGACACAUAAUGGCCAGAAUAGUCCGCAGCCUGGCCCCUUUGGCUAUUCUUUUCUCUCCCCUACAGAUACCCCAUUCGAACCUGCUCCUGCGCCACCUCCCGGGCCGGCGCUCUUGGAUCAAGAUGAAUCAUUGAUGCUGGAUAACUUCUUUACUACGAUGAACUCCAAUCAGCUCUCCAGUGACUUUUGGCUGCAGAGUCAAUCGAAUAAGCCAUUUGGCACCGCCAAUUUCGACUUCUCAGACGAACUCCUCCCCCCGACUUUCGAAGGGUCGACGACCUCUCUUUCAUCACAACCCUCCCUCUCUCAUCGCAGCAUAGACAAACCGCUCAUGGACGUAAUGCCGGGGAACCUGAGUGCCAACUCAGAUAUAUUCGCGGCUGCUUCCAUGCUAUACCAUAAUGGGAUACACGGGGCCGAUUUCAAUACCAACUUAGGAUCUCAUUCAUACCCAUCCCCUGACAUAGAUUUCAACAGCCUCAGAAUGUCCACUCAUGGCAAAUUCCAACCGCAACCCAGCCAUGUGCCCUUGAAACAACCCAACAGCUCAUCCCGUCCUCGGUUACCCCAUGGGUACCACACCUCAGAGAUGCUCUUCGAUGUCCGUGAACCGAUAUCUCCGGAGCAACAGCAGACCGCCAAGGUUCGUCCACUGCAUUGGGGCUCGGAUGAAAGUUUUGUGGAUCAAGGAUACAUUGCACCGCCGGAUCAGCCAGAUGAAGAGCAGCGCACGAAAGAGCUGCUCGGUCACUUGGCAUGCUUCGAAGCCCAAAGCAGUGCUGCAAACACUCGAGCGCCGAGCCCAGUGCGCAUCACCGGAAACUAUGAUGCAACAUGGACUGAUACAGAUGCGGCUGGACAACUCAGCAACUUGCGCAGAGAGUUUAAGGACAGCAUGGAAGAUCUUUCCCAACCCAAGAAGAAGCAAAGAGUAUUGGUCAAGGAGGAAGAAGACGACGAAAACUCAGACGAGGAAAGCUCGCGGCCACGAUCGAAAAAGUCCAAGGCUUCGUCAUCAAGGCGAAUGUCACAUGAUGCCGUUCGGAAACCAAGGCUUUCCCAAGGUCCAAAGCCCGCACGAGAGAACCUGACCGAAGAACAAAAGAGAAGCAACCAUAUUCUUUCGGAGCAAAAGCGAAGAAACUUGAUCAGACAAGGGUUCGAUGAUCUGUGCACCCUUGUUCCUGGCCUAAAAGGCGGUGGUUUUAGCAAAAGCGCAAUGCUCACGCAGGCGGCUGACUGGUUGGAAGAAGUAUUGCGCGGCAAUGACAUUCUCAAAGCACAGCUAGCGGAGUUAAAGGCCAUGAAUGGUUUGGUGAUGCCUCGGUAGUCACCUCAAUUAUGCGACCAUGAUCAUCUCUCUUAUUCUAUCAAAAGCAUGGGCUGAUCUUCACCCAUUUGUACAUUGGAGCAGUUCAGCGAUCUUCUGGAAGGAUGCGCAUUGUUCAAACGGUUAUGCAGGCGUUUGUUUUUACGGCCACCCGUCUUGAUUUCUACAACGACCAGGGUUUGAUGUGCCAACGCACCUGGUUGCAGUCACAUUAAAAAUCCCGGCCUAUUACAUGUCACCCCAUAAUACCCACUUGGAUUGGCGAUAAUGGUUUAAUUUCCUAAAUACCACAUAGUAUCUAGUUUGAUGCAUGCAU